CUCAGUCUUUCCCUGGCGUGGAAAGGGGAUUUCAGGUGCAGCCAUUUCAGCCCCUGGAGUCCUUCCUGGAGGAGCACCACCACCUCCUCCUCCUCCGGGCUUCUCGGGACAACCUGGAGAAGGCCUCCUCCAGAGGAAGUGAUAAAGGGCCCCACUCCGCAGGCAUGGAGGCUCCCACUUCUCACAGCCGGGCAGGUGGGUGUGCAGUAGCCAUGCUCUCCCUCUGCUGCUUUUGGCUCCUGAGCCUCAGCCCCUCCUUGGCUGCUCAGGCAGAGGGGCAACGGUCUCACCCCAAGGCGUGCUGGCCCUCGGCUCCAGAAGGGCUGCUGCCCAGGGAGGGCCAAGGACCGGCCACACGAGGAGGAAAGGCUGCCAAGGGAGACGGGCCUCUCCCAGGAGAGCAGGAGCCCUGCCUGGACUGGGAGGAAGGGGCCCCGACCCGCAGGACGAGGCUGCCGGAGGAGGCUGGAGGAGGACGGGACCCCCAGCCGAAAACAGAGGACUCCUGGCUCCAGCCAGGCCUGUGCCCCACCGGGAAUGGGGGUGGCCCGCUAGGGUGCGGCCCCCGGAUGGUCAAGCUGAGCCUGGUCUGUGCCUUGGGGCUCUUGGUGGCGCUGGGCAACGGGACGGUCAUUGCCGUCAUCGCCUCCUCCGUCUCGGGCUGGAGCCGGAGCAGCCGCCUGGUGCUGCUCUCGCUGGCCGCGGCGGACACCGCCCUGGCGGUGCUGGUGGUGCCCCUCAACCUGUACCGCAGCCUGGCCCCGGGGCCGGUGGCCGAAGAGAGGGCCCGGGGAGGAGAGUCCCCCUACUGCCGAGCCGUGGCCUUCGUCAACUCCACCGUCUUCGGGGCCUCCCUCUACUCCCUGGCCGGGGUCUCGCUGGAGCGCUACGUGGCGGUCUUCUUCCCUCUCCACUACCAGCGUCUCUUGAGCCGUGGCCGGGUGGCCCUGCUCAUCGCCACCGCCUGGCUGCUGCCGGCCCUCCUCUUGGCGCCCCUGGCCGUGCCGGGCCCCAGGGCCGUGCUCCGGAUCCGCUUCUCCACCGCGGCGCUCCUGUGCGAGCCCGACUACGCCUCCAACCCCGCUUACUCCCUCUUGAUCGCCGGCACCAUCUUCUGUCCGGCCGCCGGCUUUGUCACCUUUGCCAACCUGCGGCUCUGGCUGGCGGCCCGAACCCAGCGGCGGCGCGAGAGACGGAGGGCUCUCUGCGGGAGAGAAGCGGGGCCCAAGAGGGUCUCCCUGCUGCACCUGGACGCCGCUGCCCGCAUCCUGCUGCCGGUGGUCGUGGCCUUCUACCUCUGCUGGGCGCCCUGCAUCUCCGCCAUUCUGUACAACGCUAUCACUCAGGAAAGAGUCCACGAAUGGGUGGAAUUUGUCUCCUUGUGGCUCCCCACAGGGAGCGGUUUCCUGAACUGCUUCAUCUACUUCGGGGUCAACAGGAACUUCCGGCACAAAUUCCAGAGGCUCGGGCGGAGGCUUUGCCGGCCCUGCCGGAGGGGCAGACGGGACAAGUGGCCACCCCGCCUGCCCACCCUCAGUGCUGCUGUGGAGGGGGUCUGCCAGCGGUUCGAACUCCCCCCACGACACUCCUGCACCGCCUCGUCUUCCAGUGGGUGUAGGUUCUUCCAGGAAGGGCAAACCAAGGUGUAAUCACUCAGGCCAGACUCUGUGAACCAUGGAAGUUUUGGAAACCGCCCUGCGUGCUCAGCAGCAUGAAAGGGCCGUAUGUGCCAGCAGAAGAAUGCGCUGUUCGAGAAGCAGCCAGAGGUGGGAACCAUUACAGAGGAAGGUCCUUCCAGAAAGCGACGUACCAGACAAAGGUGGUACAGCCGGGCUUCCCUCGUAGUGGCAUCAGCUGAUCCCGACUCAUCUCUCCGGCUCACAGGGCUGAUUCUCCAGGCGGAAAUGUAGGGGGCUUGGAAGCAGAGAUGGCCAAGGAAGAGCGAGGUGGAAGCUGCCUGCGUCCUCAGUCUCCUCUCCGUCCGUCUGUCUCUGUCCCUCUUUGGAAGGCUUUAUCUGAUGCAGUUCUGGGUUGCUGCUGCCAACCUGUUUUGGCCAAGAAACCAGGCAAUGCUGGAUGGGGAGAGAGAACCAGCUUUAGCGCAACCACUGAGAUCUUAGCAGGAGCCCUUCUAGGAAAACAAGAGGAAAUGAAACCCAAAGGCCAUUCUCUGGGGUGUCCGGAAUGGAAGUGGUGCUCCAGAAAGCCGUUCUGUUCACAAUCAAAGAAGAACGUUGGCCCCUGCACGCCUGGGCCUCUUUCGCCUCUUCCCAUCCCUUCCUUGUACAAACGCUUUGACUAACAUCUUUCUCCCCAUAAGACCAUGGGAUUGGUGGCAGGGAGAAUUGCCAACGUGCAAAGUAGAGGUGCAGGUUGGUUUUAAUGCCCCUUUCAGUGGCUAAACUUUGCCACCCGCUGGAGUUUUAAAGAGUAGGGUUUUAGCUGUCUAUUCUCUCUCCCCCCCCCCCAUCCCCCAAUUAUGCAUAUGGCCUGUUUCAAUGCCAGGGGUUCCUUUAAGGAUUGGGAGACAGAGACAGCCCCCCUGCCAGUUUCUAAGCUGAGCCUGCGGCGCCUUGUGUGGAGGAACAAAUAGGUAUGUGUUGUUAUUUUCCCCCUUUUAAUUAAUUGAUGAAGAACAAGAUUCUGUGAAGCUGAGCAAGGUCAGUGAAGGAAAUGGCAGAAGAAGAAAGGAAGUUGCAGAAGAAGAAAGCUUUCACAGGACGGAAAAGGAAAAGUCAGCCAAAGGGAGACCUCGCCAUGCUUGUGCGUUUGGGUCCCUCUGCCUCCAGCAGCCUCUCCUCCACUGGCAAUGGUGGAGUUGUGGCCCUGUUUCUUCCCCGCACAGCCUCCUUCCAGCAAGGGGUCCUUUCCUCCUCCAUCUUUCUCCUCUUGCAGUCGGUCCCAGUUGCCCAAAACAAAACCUCUCCCCCUUCCCAACCAUGUAUCACUUUCUUUCCUGAAGUUUUUAAGACGCUAGACUUUUAAUGGCUUGGACUAAGAACAGAAAAUGGCACUAGAGAGAGACACAGCCCUGGGCUUCCUCUGCU